AUGGCUGAAGAAGAGAAGAAGAGGUUUCUCGAAGGCAACGAGAUGGAACUCGGGGAGAAGCAGGGCAGGACCUUCAGUCACGCUCCCCAGCCCUCCGUCCCGAGAUUCACACCUCCUUCGUCGAAUUGGCAGAACAACCCAGUUCUCCCUGUCGUCAGCUAUUGCGCCUCCUCUAUCCUAAUGACCGUGACCAACAAAUACAUUCUCUCAUUUCCUGACUAUAACCUGAAUUUCUUUCUUUUGGCCGUUCAGUCAAUUGUCUGCGUCCUGGCUAUUCAAUCCUGCAAAACAGCAGGCAUCAUUACGUAUCGGGACUUUAAAGUGGAUGAAGCCAAAAAAUGGUUUCCUAUUUCCCUUCUUCUGAUCGGAAUGAUCUACACGAGUACCAAAGCCCUGCGAUACCUCUCAAUCCCCGUGUACACAAUCUUCAAGAACUUGACCAUCAUCCUGAUUGCUUAUGGCGAGGUGCUAUGGUUCGGCGGCUCCGUUUCGUCUAUGGCUCUUUUCUCCUUCGGAUUGAUGGUCCUCAGCUCUGUCAUUGCGGCAUGGGCCGAUAUCAAGCAUGCGCUCGAAUCACACGGCUCUGCAUCGGCUGCUGCAACAGCGCAAUUGGCCACCUUGAAUGCCGGAUAUAUCUGGAUGUUGGCUAAUUGUCUGUCUACUGCGGCCUAUGUGUUGGGGAUGCGCAAGCGCAUCAAGCUGACAAACUUCAGGGACUUUGACACAAUGUUCUACAACAACCUCCUUACCAUUCCCAUCCUUUUGGCCGCCUCCUUAACCCUUGAAGACUGGUCCGCCGUCAACCUGACCAAGAACUUCCCCAUCGAUGCAAGAAACGCAAUUAUUGGUGCCAUGAUCUUUACCGGCUUGUCCUCGAUCUUCAUUUCAUACACGUCAGCGUGGUGCGUGCGGGCCACAUCCUCAACCACAUACUCCAUGGUUGGAGCGCUUAACAAACUACCCAUCGCUGUUUCGGGGCUCAUCUUUUUCGACGCACCUGUCACGAUCCCUAGUGUCUCAGCCAUUGUUGUCGGAUUUGUUAGCGGAAUCGUCUAUGCACUCGCGAAAGUCCGAGAAUCUUCGAAACCCAAGACAAUUCUUCCCACGACGAACACAAUGAGCGCCAGCAGCCAGAGUAACCGAGACAGCCUGAAGGCAUGA